CAUAGUCUGCAUAGUAAGCAAACACGUAAAGCAGACGAAUCCAAUCGCUUAGUGCUGCGUCACGUGGCCGGUUCCUCACGUGAUCGGCCUUCCGGAUUUGGAGUAUCAGUUGCCCGGAGGGGCGAAGACCUGCAGCUUGAUUGGAGACAGCAGCAGCUCUUAAGGCGAAAGAUAAGUGAAUUAGUUGCCAUCCUUCUCCAGCGAAACGUCGAUCUUCGGCUUUCUCUCCUUCUGAUUGUGUGGGCACGGUGGUGUGCGCCACUGCUUGGGGUUUAUCAGCCAGCGGCAGGUGAAGACACAACGCAUCAGUAACUGGCAGUGUGCGGCAGGCGAAAGCAACAAUGUCUCAGUACACACAAUUUCCUGAUCCGGACGCAACCAACCCAUUUCAGGACCCUGCAGUCAUUCAGCACACUACCAACACAGGUUAUGCUACUCUUGAUCUGUAUAAUCCUUUUGACAACAAUCAAGGGCCUCCUCCUCCAUAUGAACAGUCUAGUCAAAAGCCUCCUCUUGCGGUACAAUCAACAGUUCAGCCUACUGCUCCUCCACAGCCUAAGAAAAGCACUCCAACAGAACCUCGGAACUAUGGCACCCAGGGUCCAGUUAAUGCCGCUACUGCAGACUUACUACGCAAGCAGGAAGAACUGGAGCGAAAGGCAGCAGAGCUUGACAGGAGAGAAAAGGAGCUGCAGAAUGCAAGUUUGGGGAAAGACACUACACGAAGAAACAACUGGCCUCCACUUCCUAGUUUCUGCCCCAUCCAGCCUUGCAUGUACCAGGAUAUUAAUGUAGAAAUCAGACAGGACCUCCAGAAGACUGUUUCUACCAUGUAUUAUUUUUGGAUGUUUUCUGCCUGUGUGCUGCUGUUUAACUUCAUUGCCAACCUUUCUCAUUUCUGUGUCUUGACUUCUUCUGGAGUUGAUCUGGGACUGUCGAUUCUCUGGAUCCUGUUAUUCACACCCUGUUCAUUUCUCUGCUGGUUCCGGCCUGUGUACAAAGCUUUCAGGAGUGAUAGUUCCUUCAAUUUCUUUGUAUUUUUCUUCAUCUUCUUUGUUCAAGUUGUCCUGUAUGUCCUACAAGCAAUUGGCAUUCCAGGAUGGGGUUUCAGUGGCUGGAUUGCAAGUCUUUCUGCCUUGAAACUUAAUACAGCUGUGGCAAUUAUAAUGCUUAUUACAGCAGUCAUGUUCACAGGGCAAGCUGUCCUCGGUGUUGUUAUGCUUAAGAAAAUUCACUCAAUUUAUCGCCAGUCUGGUGCCAGCUUUCAGAAAGCUCAAGCGGAAUUUGCUUCUGGUGUUUUAUCCAAUGAAGCUGUGCGAACAGCUGCAGCUAAUGCUGCUGCCAAUGCAGCAACAGGGGCUGCACAAGGUGCCUUCCAGGCCAAGUGAUAGUAAAAGAGUGGUGAGCUUGGAAGACAGCAUGAGAGAGCAAAAGAAAAGCAAGAACGAAUGAAGACAAAAGGUUAAAAGCCUUGUUUCCCAUGCUUUGCUUUUCAAUAUUAAAUUAUUAGGCCAUGUUGAAAUAAUUGUCUUUUUACAAACUAAGAUUCUUUCUUGAAAAGCACUGUAAAUCAUUUGAUCUGCUGUAUGUACAGUCUGAGAAGACAAAUUAAUAAAGUACAUGGAUUAAUUCCAUGUACUGCAUGGUCAGUGGUGUAGUCUUCUUCCAUAUAUAAGUGUAUUUUUCCUUUUUUUUUUUUUUUUUUCCCAGUUUCAGUCCCAACCAUGUUUCAGACACAUAAAAUUGUAUUGAACUGUUCUAAUUGUUAGCUCUAGAAAAAAGGUGUUUUUAUGCAUUGUCAUGUAUUAUUUUUAUUAAUAUGGAGAAGCCUUAUUACUUGUGCAAAUAAAAAAUGACAAAAUCUUCAAAACAGUUUAUCAAAAAAUUAUACAGUUUAACCUUUGUUCUGGAAUAUUGCCUGAGACAUCAACAAAAACAAAUAUACAGUAGAGUGUCGGCAUAAUUGAAAAACAAAACAGGAAAAACUCUUUUGAUAUUUCAGGACUUAAUGUUUGAAGCUCACAAUCUCUGAUUUCUGCACUACUGGUUACUUGAGAGUUAUGUUAUGCUUUACUAUUUUUACACAGCCUUCAGAAAUGAUUCUGGAAAGCAUUUCUUAUACUAAUAUUGUUAUACAUCAACUAUUCUGCAUGCCAACAAACCUGACUUUUUUCCCCUUCUUCUCCUGGCAAGUUAAACUUAAAGUAACAUCACUGUUUUGGAGUUUUGGCCACUUUGACAGUGGCCAGGUACAUCAGAAUCCAAUAUUAUAAUCCCUUAGGAAAUGUGUUAGCUGAGUAAUUUGGAUUUCCAGAAUUUAAUGUUUGACAUUGGAUGUUUUUUCCUAACAUGUACAGUUUGAUUAAUUAUGAAUUUCUCCAAAUAAUAUACUUCAUGGAAAAAUGUAAUAAUUACAGAUAGCAGAGGUAAUGGCUGAUUAUUUACAACCCUGUUCUCUUAGUAGUUAAAGUGUAAUAUUUUGGGGGAAGAGUUCUAAUGUUAAAAUGUAUUAAGCCAAAUGAGAAAUGGCCUGCGGAUAUAGGAAACUGUGCAUGCAGCUCUAUGCCUGAAUGAGUAAACCAAAUCAUGUGAAUGUUAAUCUAUGACAAAUGUAUUAAAAACAGUGUUUACAAAUAACCUAACAUCUUUAUCUAUGAAUUUUAUCACUAUAAAUAUUUCCACAUCUCACAAUUUUAGAAUCUUCUCUGAAUUACAGGGACUGAAAUUUCAAUUUUUGUUCUUUUCACUUAACGGUAGUUUUAUUGUUAGCACAGUUCUGUGUACUGUAAUGUCAUUUACUUGGAGAAACAUCUGGUAAAACUGUGGUGACAAUUACCAUUACCAGAACUGGUGACAGUUGUUUGGUAGAUUUUGUGUUGACAAUAUUUCCACAAAAUAAAUUGCCACUCUGUCAUUUAUAAAGUAAAGAGAUACAUUUUGUGCCAAACUCAAAUGUAGCAAAGUAUACUAUACAUACAUUUUGUGAAAAUGUCCUGAUCUGCAGUGAUCACUUUAAGUAAUUUCUCCACUAAAAAUAGAGAAGGCCAAAUAAUUAUUUUUUCCUAUUGUAAGACAUUGAAAGAAAAUUAAAAUCAGUUUUUCAUUAUGCUGAACAAACUGCUUUUCUUGUCUAGUAUGGACUUGAUGCUUAAUAAGUUAAGAUAGCCCUGCCCCAAUACUUAUGAGAGUAUCUUUUCAUCUACACAAACCUAAAAGCUUAAUUAGAGAGCAUUUAGUUUAAAUGCUUUCUGGAUUUUGACGAUCAUAAAUGGAAAUAUUUGACACAGGCGUUGUGGUUAGAUAGUCUCAGGUGCACUGUGUCUUUUAGGCUCUCUUCUGUAAGACACUUGUAAUACAGUAGAAACAGUGAUCCAGUGAGGGUGUCAUUUCUGAGGGUGAGCAUGAUUAUAUUGCUGCUAGUUAAGGUGCAAGGUCCCGCUAUAUGUGCUGUGUAAAUUUAUCUUUAUUAAGAAAGGAGAACCUCCAAAUAAGUGCAGCUAAGUAUUUAAGUCCAAAAUCUUUUAAUUUCAGAGAAUGUUUUUAUUAAGUGAGUGUAUUGGCAUUUGAAAUUUUGGAAAAGGGAUCUUUGCAUUUUGUGUUGUUUAUGACUUGUAAAGCAUGCUUGGAUCUGUGGGGGAAGGGCAGGUCAGUUAUUGUUGUAUUUCAGUGCAGAAUAGAGAGAGGAAGUUAUGAUACCCACCCCAGUGGUAAUCACACGUUGAUGUUACUCUGCAUGAAGCUGCAUGGCUUCGUAUGGGUGAAUUAUUAGCCAAUGAAAGUGUCCCACACCUAUCAGAAAAUAUGCAGGCCUCUGGACUGCAUGGACACUAAAAAGAAUUGAUUGGAAUCAUGGAUUAAGAAAGAAAACAAAAGGUGCCAGCAUACUAAAUAUGUCACAUUUAAGUUUGUGCACAAAGCAUAAAAAGUGCAUAGUAGGCAUUAUCAAUUUUUUUUUCACCAGCAGUAUCUGGUAAUGUGCCAAGUUAACAUUUUCUUUUUAAUUUAAAAAUGCUGUAAUAAAAUAAAGUAACAUGUUCUUCA